CCAUCAAGCCUGGCGGAACCUUUGGCUGGGUUUCGGAAGCUCUCUCAGUCAAACUUUGUGGCAUCAGUGAUUUUCCGAUAUCUAUCCAUGGAUUCCACUCCUACUGACAAGCUUUGGAAAGACAUUGGUCAGUUUGCUCGCGACGUAGACAGGUUCGAGCGAACAGCAUACGCCUUGCAGCAGACUGGCAGCCCAAAGCAUUUACCAGCGAUUAAGAGCAUUAUACAAGCAUUGAACGACCAAGCGCAUGCGUUGGCAAGACAUCUGAAAGCCGCCAAGGGGUUGCCAGAGGGUCAGCACCUUCUACUCUUGACCCAAGACUGCGAGCGUGACAGUGUAGAUCUUCUGAAAUACCUCAAAGGUCUUGUCGCAUCUACUCGCGCAGCUAUCCUGCGUAAUUCAAACGAGCCAACAUCUAUCGUCCUGAGAUGGGCGCCUAUCCAGAGUCUGAUCAGCAAAUCGAGAAGUCUUCGGGCGGCUUUUGAAUCUUCUGUAUUAUAUACACAUCACGAGGAUAAGAGCUUCAUUCACGUAUGCCUGCCGAUACCACUGGAAAGCUUGGAACGCUCCUGCCAUUCCGACCAACACAUUGGCUAUGAGAAGCGAAGGCAGCGCAGAACGCCAUGGGCAGAAGGGUAUGAUCGCCACAUCUCAAGCAAUCCCUCUGAUAGCUGUGCUAUCAUGACUGCCGAAAAGAUCAGUCAACUACACAGGCAUGCAUUGCCGCCUUCCACAAGUCCGCACGACGUCAUUCGGCAAGUCGUCACCAGGCCCAAUUGCCAUCAGGACGUCAAAACUACACAAAUAGCCCGAUUGUGCAAUACGUGGGAGGGUCUAUUUUACCGACAACCUUUGUCCACCAUGGUUCUAAUGUAUGCCACUCAGCCAUUCGAGAUCGCUCUGAGCGCACCAGUCGCCCAACUUCAGAAAAUGGCGCGGUAUUCGUCCAUGCAUGAGUGUCAUCAGCCUUCUUACAAUCUCUACUAUGAGAUGCUUGAGACCAGUGUGCAAGGGGGAUCUCAAGACAUUCAUUCCACGCUAUCGCAACUCCCGUCCCACUGCAGCUCCCAUCAAGCAGCAACGAUACGGGCAAACGUGCCAUAUCCCGAGAUCGAAAGCCCUGACAGAGCGUCAUGUAAAGCCGGCUAUCUUGAGGAAGACCAAGCGUCAGAAUCGCUCUGUCAGCUUGCGUCGGCUUGCCUCAUGGUCAUGGGAUUGGCAGACCCCCUGUACGGCACCGUUUUCCAGCGACAUCUCAUGUAUCUCGCACACAUUCUCCGACAGGACGCCUUAUCAGUAGACAGGGUCCAACAAUACCUCGACGCCAUAGCAGAUACGAUGGCGGACGCGCAAUCCAAAUCCCCCACCAAGCCCAUCAUGUGGUUGGACGUCCCGCAGAUGAUGGGGUCUCUACCUCUGGAACCCGAGCUUCAAUGUCACUCGGACAUCCUGACUUUUGCAGCACGAGAAGCUCUCCCUCUUCCCCUCCACGCACUACCCGCUCACGACGAGGCCCGCCGCCGCUUCGCGAUCGCAGCGCACGCCCUUGCCAGCUGGUCAUCGUGCCUGCCCGACACACACGCAGACAAGAUCUUCGAGCCUAGUCUACACAAGCGACGGAGCAUGCUGAAGUACAUGCUCACGCACCUCACGCCGCCGGAGAGCACGGUGUACUGCGGCAAAUUCAGCCUGUGGAAAGAGGCCAUUCGGCUCUGCAACUCCGGACACGUCAAGGAGCCUACUGUGCUGCUGGUCACCUUUUUGGCAAGCUCGCAGCGGCCCGACUUGCUGUUCGAGCAGGCUUUUCAGUCGUUGUUGGAGGUCAGCGGGCGGCUGAACGGGCUGUUGCAAGCGCUGAGGGCCGCGGCGAGGGAUGUUGUGUCCCCGAGUCAUUUCUUGUUUUGUAUUGGGAAGCUGGAACACAGAAUGCGGAUGACGGAAGAGAUGUGCGAUGAUGAGAAAACACGGGGCGCUGAGGGCAGUAAGAAAGAAAUGGCAGAGAUUGAGUACCGCGGGUGGUGAAUAAUACGAGUGGCCAAUUCGGGGCUCGAGGCAGUGACCUGUGAAGCGAGCGAGGAUGCCUCGAUGAUGCCAGAGUUCGAGCGUGGUGUUUCUGUGAUGCUUUGUCGUCGCCAAGUUGUGCAAUGUGUAUCUUUCGAGAACUGUCAGCCACAAUGAUGUACUGUGUGCUCAGCUUUGCUUUCCGCCUAGAUCCAGUCCAAAAGAGCGUCGCCGCCGACCUUUUCCUUUGACAAGCCGUGCACUCCGGGCCCCCAGGGCAGGGCGGCGCGUCCAAUAAGACGUACUACGGUACAGCCCCCCUCUACAGGCGUUU